GGGAGGGAGGGGGCCCGGGCAGCGCGCGCCGCGGAAGCCGCGAUGGCCAACUUUCUCUCGCAGGACCAGAUCAAUGAGUACAAGGAGUGCUUCUCGCUGUUUGACAAGCAGCAGCGUGGCAAGAUCCGCUCAAGCGACCUCCUGGUAGUGAUGAGGUCCCUGGGCACCAGCCCCACGCCCAAAGAGGCACAGCGACACCUGCAGACGCAUGGCAUAGACAGGCAGGGGGAGCUGGAUUUCUCCACAUUCCUGGCCAUCAUGCACGGACAGAUGAAACAGGAGGACCCCAAGAAGGAGAUUCUUCUGGCCCUGCUCAUGGCUGACAAGGAGAAGAAGGGAUACAUCAUGGCAUCCGAGCUACGGGCCAAGCUCACGACACUGGGGGAGAAGCUCACCCACAGAGAAGUGGAUGAUCUUUUCCAGGAAACAGAUAUCGAACCAAACGGCCGAGUGAACUAUGAUGACUUUAUUCACAAGAUCACCAUCCCCGUGCGGGACUACUGAGUCGCAGCCUGGCUGCCCCUGGGCAGGAAUGCAUCUGAAAAGAGGCAGGCUGGGGUGGGGGCUGGCUUGAAGG